AUUUACCGACUGAGCUUCAUUUACAUAUCAUCAAAUUUCUUGACUAUCCUUCAUCUGUUGCACUCUUACACACCAACCAAAUCUUCAGGUCCAUUGUUCCUGUGGAGCCACCUAAGACAGCGGAACAGAAACUAUCUUACUAAUGUUUCCAGAAAUGACCAGCUCUUCUCCUGCAACAUGUGCAUGAAACUUCGACCCAGAAAUGCAUUUGCCGACAAGCAACUGAGAGCCAGGCGCGGUAAAGGCCACAUCGAGAGCGACCGACGAUUUUGCCUCGAUUGCGGCUGCCGCAACAAGAUGUAUCAACCAGGCCAAUUCUUCAAGGUGGAUGGGCGGGAGGAGGUUCUCUGCGCUAUAUGUCGAGAGAGGUGUCGAUAUGGGCAAUACUGCACGUAUUGCUGCAUGUGCGAGGGUUGUGUAUCAAAGCAACCCCCGCUGCCUAUACCCAUCCCACUCUCACCGAGGAAAUUGAGGAGCUUCGCUGUCUCCGGUGCCGGCACAAGGGCCUUAUCAAGGAUUUGGGAAAGCCGCCACGGAAAUUAA